AUGCAGCAGACAGAGGGCGUGGUCGUGGACGUGGACGUGGACGUGGACGUAAACGUGGACGUGGACGUGGUCGUGGUGGUGGACGUGGACGUGGUGGUGGACGUGGACGUGGUCGUGGUGGUGGACGUGGACGUGGUGGUGAACGUGGACGUGGUGGUGGACGUGGACGUGGACGUGGUCGUGGUCGUGGACGUGGACGUGGACGUGUACGUGGUCGUGUUCGUGGACGUGGUCGUGGACGUGGUCGUGGACGUGGACGUGGUGGUGGACGUGGACGUGGUCGUGGACGUGGACGUGGACGUGGACGUGUACGUGGACGUGGUCGUGGACGUGGUCGUGGACGUGGACGUGGACGUGGACGUGGUCGUGACAGGGACGGACGUGGACGUGGACGUGGACGUGGACGUGGACGUGGUCGUGGACGUGGACGUGGUCGUGGACGUGGACGUGGACGUGGUCGUGGACGUGGACGUGGUCGUGGACGUGGACGUGGACGUGGACGUGGUCGUGGACGUGGACGUGGACGUGGUCGUGGACGUGGACGUGGACGUGGACGUGGUCGUGGACGUGGACGUAAACGUGGUCGUGGUCGUGGACGUGGUGGACGUGGACGUGGUCGUGGACGUGGACGUGGACGUGGACGUGGUCGUGGACGUGGACGUGGUCGUGGACGUGGACGUGCACGUGGUCGUGGACGUGGACGUGCACGUGGACGUGGUCGUGGACGUGGCCGUGCACGUGGUCGUGGACGUGGACGUGGCCGUGCACGUGGUCGUGGACGUGGACGUGAACGUGGUCGUGCACGUCGACGUGAACGUGGACGUGGCCGUGCACGUGGACGUGGACGUGGACGUGGCCGUGCACGUCGACGUGAACGUGGACGUGGCCGUGCACGUGGACGUGGACGUGGACGUGGCCGUGCACGUUGACGUGCACGUGGACGUGGUCGUGGUCGUGGACGUGGACGUGGACGUGCACGUGGACGUGCACGUGGACGUGCACGUGGACGUGGUCGUGAACGUGGACGUGGUCGUGAACGUGGACGUGGACGUGGACGUGGUCGUGGACGUGGUGGUGGACGUGGACGUGGUCGUGGUCGUGGACGUGGACGUGCACGUGGUGGUGGACGUGGACGUGGUGGUGGACGUGGACGUGGUCGUGGACGUGGUCGUGGACGUGGACGUGGACGUGAACGUGGUCGUGUUCGUGGACGUGGUCGUGGACGUGGACGUAGACGUGGACGUGGUCGUGGUCGUGGACGUGGACGUGCACGUGGUGGUGGACGUGGACGUGGUGGUGGACGUGGACGUGGACGUGGUGGUGGACGUGGACGUGGUCGUGGACGUGGACGUGGUCGUGGACGUGGACGUGGUCGUGGACGUGGUCGUGGACGUGGACGUGGACGUGGACGUGAACGUGGUCGUGGACGUGGACGUGGUCGUGGACGUGGACGUGGUCGUGGACGUGGACGUGGUCGUGGUCGUGGACGUGGACGUGGACGUGGACGUGGACGUGGACGUGGACGUGGUCGUGGACGUGGUCGUGGACGUGGACGUGGACGUGGACGUGGACGUGGUCGUGGACGUGGUCGUGGACGUGGACGUGGACGUGGACGUGGACGUGUUCGUGGACGUGACAGGGACGGACGUGGUCGUGGACGUGGACGUGGACGUGGACGUGGACUUGGACGUGGUCGUGGUCGUGGUCGUGGACGUGGACGUGGUCGUGGUCGUGGACGUGGUCGUGGACGUCGUGGACGUGGACGUGGUGGUGGACGUGGUCGUGAACGUGGACGUGGACGUGGACGUGGACGUGGUCUUGGACCUGGUCGUGGAAGUGGACGUGGACGUGGAAGUGGUCGUGGUGGUGGACGUGGACGUGGACGUGGUGGUGGACGUGGACGUGGUGGUGGACGUGGACGUGGACGUGGUCGUGGACGUGGACGUGGUGGUGGACGUGGACGUGGUCGUGGACGUGGACGUGGUCGUGGUCGUGGACGUGGACGUGGACGUGGUCGUGGACGUGGACGUGGACGUGGACGUGGUCGUGGACGUGGACGUGGACGUGGACGUGGUCGUGGACGUGGACGUGGACGUGGACGUGGACGUGGUCGUGGACCUCGUGGACGUGGACGUGGACGUGGACGUGGACGAGCUCGUGGACGUGGACGUGGACGUGGACGUGUACGUGGACGUGGACGUGGACGUGGUGGUGGUCGUGGACGUGGUCGUGGACGUGGACGUGGUGUAG